GAUUUCAAUGAGUGUGAAAAAAAGACACACAACUGUCACCCGCUUGCUGCAUGUGUGAAUGAACCUGGAUCUUAUUCAUGCAAGUGCAAGCCUGGGUACGUUGGAAAUGGAUAUAACUGUCGCUAUCCAACGCCGAGAUCCUGCUCUGAAAUCCGGAGUUCCGUCAGCACAGUCAGCAGGAACUAUGUCAUUGAUCCAGAUGGUGAGGGAGGUCUGGCACCUUUUACUGUGUUCUGUGACAUGACUGACAAGAAUGGUGUUGGCGUUGCUGUUAUCAGUCACGACAGUGAAAGCAGGACAUUGGUGACAGGUUGUGAAAAGCAGGGGUGUUACUCACGUGACAUUCAUUACACAGGAGCUAAUCUGUCUCAGCUGGCGAGUCUUACCAGAGUUUCCUCGCACUGUGAACAGUUUAUAAAGUAUGAGUGUUAUGACUCCGGUUUUUGGUUUAACAAUCCACAUGGAUGGUGGGUGUCACGUGAUUCUACUAAGAUGACGUACUGGGGCGGAGCAUCACCUGGAAGUGGUAAGUGCGCAUGCGGGAUGACCAACUCAUGUGCCAACACCGGAGAUCGUUGUAAUUGUGAUAAGAAUGACAAUGUAUGGCGUGAAGACAGCGGUCUCCUGACUGACAAGACAAAGCUUCCAGUAAAACAGCUCAGGUUUGGUGAUACUGGAAGUAGUCACGAGAAAGGCUACCACACUCUGGGGAAGCUGAAAUGCUAUGGUAUAGCAUAAAAGCGUAUUUUCUAUGAAACGGAAACAAACCUGUUAGAAUAAAUUAGAGGCAUUUUUAGUUUUCAUGUAACAGUAGUUUUUAGGAUUUUUUGAAGAUCUGCGUAAAACAUGUAACAGAGAUUUCCAACUGCUCAGAAAAUCAGCGUCUUUUUUGGGUAUUAGACUGUUAAGGUGGCUCCGUAAUUAAUACAAGAGCAUUUAGCUGUGACAAAUUUUCCGUCAUAACUUUUUGGUUCUUAACGCGAUGACUGCGAAACUUUGCAAAGAACAACAUAUAUCAUUCGGCAAUAAUACGAAAUAUUCCGAUUUCAUUGAUGGUAAAUAUUUCUUGAGAAAUUAGCGCUUAAAAGGACCCUAAUGUUCGAAGAAAAUCGCGUCUAGUAAAAAUUUUGCUGAUAUUUUUUACUGAAAUUUCUGGUAUCGGCUUUAAUUGAUAUAAUAAAUAUGCCAGAGGAAUUUCAGAAAAAUCGUUGGAGCAGAAGUCCGUAACUAAAAGUCGCUCAAAAUUCAGCUGUGAAAUUGUUUUGGAAUUUCAAAAAUAAAUUACUAUCAGGUAGAAGGAGCCACCAGUUUGAAUUUUCGGGACAAGUAAAUUCAACGUUUGCUAAUUCUUAAAACAAAAGCCGAUUGCCUAUCGUGCUGUUCUUUAAAAGGUACUUUUUAGUUUUAGAAGCACCAUAAAUUGCUCCAAACCUUGCUCUGAAGUAGAAUUACUUGUUCUUCGACAUUUUUAAAAUAUCCCUUUGCAGUUUUGGCUCAAACUCCUGCUGCAUACAUUUUGACGUAUUGCAAUUCAUUUUCAACGACUUUUACUGCUGUUCGUUGCUUCCAACUCAGGAAAAAAGUAUUGAGAUUGGACGCUACCUCGUAUCAGAGCUCAGAUAGAACUGUCCAGCACCUUUGUUUAUGACUACAAAAUGAGCACGAGCGGCAGUUCUGCGAGGAAUUCGCACCUCACCCAGGGGGGACGAACGACAAUGAUGACCAUGCCUGUGAACCGAAUAACAUCACAGUGCAAAAUAAAAUUAUCGCAAAAAUACUGCCCGUGAAUAAAUUUACAACUCUGAAAUUUUUGUCACUCCUUCCUUCAAUGAAUGGGUAUUUUUUCUUGAUUAUUAUGUUUUCCUCUGCAAUACAUCUUUAUACAGAUCGGUUCACAAACAUGGGUAUCAUUAUCAUUCGUCCCCCCUGGCUGAGGUGCGAAUUCCUCGCAGAGCUGCCGCACGUGCUCAUUUUCUGGUCAUAAACAAAGGUGCUGGACAGUUCUAUCUGAGGUUCGAUACAAGGUAGCUUACAAUCCCAAUACCUUUUUCCUGAAUUGGAAACAACGUACAGCAAGAAAAGCCGUUGAGGAUGCAUUGCAAUACAUCAAAAUGUAUGUAGCAGGAGUUUGAACCAAAACUGCCAAGGGAUAUUUUAAAAAUGUCGAGGAACAAGUCAUUCUACUUCAGAGCAAGGUUUGGAGCAAUUUAUAGUGCUUCUAAAACUGAAAAGUACCUUUUAAAGAAUAGCACGAUAGGCAAUCGGCUUUUGUUUUAAGAAUUAGCAAACAUUUAAUUUACUUGUCCCGAAAAUUCAAACUGGUGUCUCCUUCUUCCUGAUAGUAAUUUAUUUUUGAAAUUCCAAAACAAUUUCGCAGCUGAAUUUUGAGCGACUUUUAGUUACGGACUUCUGCUCCAACGAUUUUUCUGAAGUUCCUCUGGCAUAUUUAUUAUAUCAAUUAAAGCCGAUACCAGAAAUUUCAGUAAAAAAUAUCAGCAAAAUUUUUACUAGACGCGAUUUUCUUCGAACAUUAGGGUCCUUUUAAGCGCUAAUUUCUCAAGAAAUAUUUACCAUCAAUGAAAUCGGAAUAUUUCGUAUUAUUGCCGAAUGAUAUAUGUUGUUCUUUGCAAAGUUUCGCAGCCAUCGCGUUAAAAUCGAAAAAGUUAUGACGGAAAAUUUGUCACAGCUAAAUGCUCUUGUAUUAAUUACGGAGCCACCUUAAAAUUCCUUUCAGUAUAUACACGAGCCAAGCCAGUGAAUAGUGCAGUUUCGCGCGCCCUUAUCUAUUCACCUCCAAGCAAAACAAAGUGGCUUCAUCUGUGAAUUCCUUUGCGGGGGUCAAUUUACUUUGUAAGUCGCUUUCUCGUUUUCUCUUUGCUAAUCUGCAACCGCGAAUAUGUAAUAAUAAAAAAAACAACAACGAGUAGUGCGAUAAAGUCAGAAAGUGGACGAACUGGUGCAAGGAAUUGAAAAGGGGAUGAAUCUGGUCUCUUAUAAAUCGAAGUGUCAAAGAAAAAUAAACCCCUGAUAUAAAGCAAAAAUUGCACGCUAUUUAAGAAACCAUUUAAUCAUGCAUGCACAGGUAUACGGCGCACAGGUAUACGGCGAAGCUAUUUCAGUUUCCAGUCACCCAAGACAAGAGAAACUUCCUCGUAACCUUUCAAAUUUGCUUUCUUGUUUGUGAUAAUGCACUUCAAUGACGCACAUCUUUCCGAGGCCAUCCAUCUUAACCCGUAACAUAAAAAACAGGUAGCUUCCCAUUAAUCCUCCAAAUUCUCGAUACCCACCUUGAUUUUCACGUAUUAUAAUAAACAUAGAACUGACGCAGCCUGCUGAAAUCUACCAGCGUACGUGCGUAUGUCCACCCCUAGGAGUCCAAGGCAUAUGGAGGGUUUUCACUCACGUGGCCAGCAUCUAUGUAAAUUUAUUGGAACAAAGAAAAUUUUUGACAUAGGAAAAGAGUUCAACUACCACAGGACUGGUUUGGAACACAAACAUACCCGCCGUUUUAUUGUUUUGGAACACCAUUAUGGCCGCUGUGACGUCAUGUGGAAACGUUCUAUACUAUCUGUGUUAAGUUUGGUAUUGGACAUCCAUGUUAUUGACAAUUGACAGCUGUCAAAAAGUUAUCAGCUGAUCAGUGUCACAAGACUGCAUCGCGGGCUCAGGAAUAUAACUCAUGGAGGUGACGUAGUUUUUAAAUUAUCCGCUGACCAUCAGCGGGCUCAGGUCCAUUUUUGAAAGGUGGAAUUCAGUUUGCUUUCUGCUUACGACAAAAAAUGAAUUUCUCGAGGAAGACAUUUCUUAAAACAUUCCUCGAGAGAUCAUUCCUCGCUUUUGGCCUUAGCUAAAUCUGUCUAUUACAGAUAAAUACGUUGGUGUGCUUUGCGAGGGAGCAUGGGCUUCUUUUUUGGUGGUGAAUUGCUUCUGGGGCCAGGAGUCCAUCUUUCACUUUUCAUUAGUCACUGAAUAACUCAAAAAAAUAGAUCCAAAACGACACAUGACACUUGAAGCUAAGGAUAAGCGGUCACACUUAGGAAAGAACUAACAUAACCGUCCCCUUUAAACAGUAUUACCCUUACAUACAGGUUGGACUUGUCUAAGCGAAGUGAAUCGUGAAAAGGAUCGUGACAAAAUAGCAUCCAUCGCAAGAGAAAUCCAAUUGAAAGUCAUUUUCAUUUCUCCUAUUUUCAAAAAGGAAGAAAUCAUGGACAAUAACGGGCCAUAUUAAAUGCAUUUUCUACGCUGGACUGAAACCUCUUGACAAAGAGUCUGUGAAACGUACAGUACGAAAAUCCCGGGGAGGGGGGCACUUCCUAGUAAUAGGCUAAUGGGGAUGUGCCACUGAAUGGGGUCGCAUUUUUACGACUGGGUUGAAUAUAAAGGGGUCGCAUUUUCAAUAGAGUUACUACAAUAAGGUCGCACAUUUUCGGGAUUUUGGGGGAAAGAAUAUUCCGGUAAUUAGGGAUUUCAAACAGCGAGGAUUGUCACAUGUGUAAUGAAUGUGCCAAUUCAUUUCCGGAUGACCUUUAUAAAAGGCUUUUAUAAGGCAAAUGCAAAAACAGUUUGGCUUGCAAAAAUUACCUUUAUCCAAAAGUGACUAAUGUGGGGUUUAUAAUUGGUCACAGAAUGGACUAUACUGUUCGGUGGGCCUAUACCUUCUAACUCUCACUAUAAAUAUGUCAAGUCUCACCCCUGUGGAAUGAAGACAUUAAUUGCUCUUGCGCAUCAAGGACAAUUAUUUCUCACACCUUACUCACAAAUCCAGACAAAUUGUUGUUAACGCAUGUUAAUAACCAAACUUUAAUUCAAUCCGAAAAUUACUCCAAAAAUUAAAGAUGCUUAAUGUUGACUUUGUGUCCCAAUUGUAUCACAACACGCUUAAAUUGUUGCCUUUUAAAUAACUUCGGAAAAGCUCAAAGAUUGCCCAGACAUCUUUGGACAUAUUGCCGGCAUACUUCAGAAGUCUUUGGAAAAUCAUGGGAAAUCCUCAGAAGUCAUUGAGACGUUAUUGAAAAUUCCAGUCAAAAGUCAUUGAGCCAAAACUGCAAAGGGAUAUUUUAAAAAUGUCGAAGAACAAGUCAUUCUACUUCAGAGCAAGGUUUGGAGCAAUUUAUGGUGCUUCUAAAACUAAAAAGUACCUUUUAAAGAACAGCACGAUAGGCAAUCGGCUUUUGUUUUAAGAAUUAGCAAACGUUGAAUUUACUUGUCCCGAAAAUUCAAACUGGUGGCUCCUUCUACCUGAUAGUAAUUUAUUUUUGAAAUUCCAAAACAAUUUCACAGCUGAAUUUUGAGCGACUUUUAGUUACAGACUGAGUGAAGUCCGAUACUGUUGGUAAUAAUAUGAGUGAUUAACAAAAUCAGACAACCACGAAGCCGGGUCUGAUUUGGUUACUUACAAUUAUGAUUAUAGACUGAAUUGGGAGAAUCUUGUUUUCCGGCCUUAGAGUGAUUCACUUACACAACAGCAGUAGAUGAAGACUCUUAAGAAAGCUUGUAGUGUUCCUUCGACCCCCACUAUCCUUGAUAAACGUAUAAACAGGAUUACACCAAGGAUGUUCUAGGUUGCGGGAAGGAACACGCCCAUAAGUGUACCCAUUUUGGCUGGCAACAGUCAAAAAGUAAAGCACAAAAAUUAUUAACAAUUUAAUCUUAGUAGCCUCAGAAUAAAACCUCUGCUGUGUUUUAAGUUCUUGUUCUUGUUUGGUUUGAUAUUAUCUACUACCUGUAGCUUAAUAAUGAGCUUAUUAAAAUGUUCCUUUGAUAAAUUUACUUAUUUAUUCAUUGCAUAAAUCAAUUUAUAAGCAUUGAAACUUUCAUUUGCAACCACCUCACCUAAGGUAAAAUGCUGACAAGUGACAUGUUGCUGCGACAGCGCAUGAGCGAUACAAAGCGGCAGAUAAAAUGGCAACAAACAACACAAAAAAACAUCAGUUGAAAUUGUAACAGCAACAAAGCUCAGAGCAAAUAUAAAGAAUAAUAUAAAAUAUAAAAAACAACAGGUUUUGAAAUUCAGACCAGGGACACAUGUACACCCCCCCUCCACAGGGACCUCUUAUAAAAGCUCUCUAUAGACACACGCACACAAAAAAAUCCAGUACUUUUCCAAGCACUAUAUACCAUGUAGUGACACCUCUUUUACGAGAGGGCCACUCCCUUAAAGGGGCCACAAAAUUUUAGGCAGUUGCCAAUAAACUCUAAAUAUUUCUUGCACUUAUUUUAAUGAUUAAUUAUUAUUAUAACAUAGCGCGCGUGCUUGCCCUAUAUAAUUCCUAUUGAGCCGCUAUGAACAAAAUCUUUAUUUACGCACGCCCGUGCGUAAAGAAGGAUUUUUUCAUGAUGACGUGUUCAGCUGUGUUUUUCGUCUCUUUUCCUUAGUACCUAAAAAUCGACGGCAAUGAUGAAAAACGUACUAGAUUGCUCAUGGCUUUAGCUGUUUAUCGAGUUUGGAUGCACUAGAGUUUCUCUAGAGUUCCUCGAGGCGCUUACGCAUCUUUGGUGCUCUCCAAACUUCCCGCGUGCAUCCAUAAUUCGCUACAUGAACAAGUUCUUAAAUUUACUUUAAGAACGCUCUCGCUGCGACCCUCAGACUUCAUUUAUAUCAUGAAGGGAAUUUUUAUUUACUUUAAUGUAAGCCUAUUUACUUUAUAAGCUUAAUACUACUCCGUAUUUUAACCUUAUAUCUAUUAUUUACGCCAUUUUCAAAGAAGAAUUUGCAUAAGACCGAAAUGUACACAAACGACAAAGCGAUCACAAGACUCUGCUUUGUUCAAAGCAAUAUGGGCUUUUUAUUUUCAUUUCUACCUGAGAGGCUCUCGUCGUCUUCGCUUCAGCUCCUUCUUCAUCGUCUUCUUCAGUAGGAGCCACAGCUUCGUACCUUGAUAAACUCUCGAGCAACGUCAAAAUCUUCGGUCGUCUUUGAAUUUCAUCCUGUACGAAACAGAGAGCGAAAGGAUUAUAAAAUCAACAGUGUACUUGCGUAAUGAGGUUAAAAGCGCUCCAAAAAGGAAAACCCUCACGAUUUAAUCGAUCAUAUGAACAGAGUUUUAAAAUACCUCAUAAAACGCUAGAUUUCCCGCGUUCCCGGGGACCAAAACCUCUUUGAAGCCCUUGUUUCCUAAUCUCUCGGGCGCUGCAGGAUAACAAAAUCGUAGGAAACCUUACGCGUACACUACCAGCACGAGACAGAAAAAGCAAUGAUAAGUCCACUCCAAUUUUACAAUUUUCUUUACAAACUGUCGUCUUAAACCAGUGGGAAACAACAGCAGAAUAGCAGUCUGACAAAAAUCCACUGACCAACUGAAGUGUGACAAACAAUGAGAGAGAUUCACAUGUGGUGAACGUUUCACAAAAUACGCUUACAUGGCUCGAUGAUAUCCGUUGACAGAUUGACUCGUCUGUAAGUAUCCUUUAGUUCUUUGUUUCCAUCAGGAUCGGUCUUCGACACUUUGAAGCGAUUCUUCCACGUUUCCUUGAACAAACAGAAAACUAAAACACAGCAUACUAAAAAGUGCAGAAACCAAACACUGAAACACAACGCAGCUUUCGCCUCACUCUAUCCGUGAGUACUGUUUGCUUUCGUGUGUAGAAUAAGAGGAAACAGGGAAAGAAAGGCCGAUGAGAAUUGACUCUUCUCCUUUAACAAUAACAUUAGUCAAACAUUUCCAUUUAAGCCAAUGAGUUUGAAAAGAGAAAAAUCUUUGUAAAUACUUCCAUUCUCCUGAAAUAGAAGGUUUGAAAACCAAUAAAUAAGUCACUUACGUCUGUCAUGAUUUUCUUUGCGUGCCGGGUGGUUCACUGAGUCAGCUUGCUGUGAGUCCUGUGAGAUGCAUUUUUUCAGUUUUCCGUUUCCCAAUAUUUCUUCCAUCACAAAUCGAAUAUUUUAUUUAUAUUUUUAAGGAGUCUAUGACUGACUGCGUUUGAAAAUGCAAACAUUUUAUUGAGCAUGGCUAAACUCCCGACAUAUAUCAUUCUAAACGGCUAGAGAGGACAGAAUUUAUCAUAAUUUAUACAGAACGUUACACAUGUUGACAAAGUUUAUACCGUAUAAUUAUAUCCGAACUACUCAAUUUCCCAACCAGAAAGGGAAUUAAAAAUUAAAUAAUGCUCCUAUAUUUCAAAAUACGUAGUUUUUUUUUACUCUACACAAAAUAAAGCUGAUUUAAACGGCUCUGUGAUUACAGCGGAAGUAAAAUAUAAAUCAGUGAGGAACUGUCUUGAGGAAUGAAAGAGUCCUAAAGCAAUGAAAACAACAUGUCCAUGGACAAAAUUUUCAUGUUUCAAGUGUUUACAAAAACAAACCUAUCAACUUUCUACACGCCAGACUUCUCUCUUCACCAGUGUAAAAGUGAGCUUGCUGUAUAGCCUUUCGCUAAUUACAACCGUAAAGCACCUUUGAAAUUAGCUGGUUCGCAUUAACUUAGAGUUUAAAAGACAGCCACGUAGUGGUAAGUGGAAAAUCGUUGUUGUGUGUGAUGAAUUUGAAGAAAAAAAAUUAGCAAAUCAUCUUAAUUUGUAACAUACAGGCACUCGCACAACUCAUUGUCAAUACUACUUGAACAGUCUCUAUAAUUUUAGCUCUACUUCAAAAACUUCGUAAUAAAACUGACUAUUACUAUACUUGACCAUACAUUGCAAUUCCAUGAAACGACAAUGAGCCGGCGGAUCUACAUGUGAACCUGGUAAAUAGAAUGCUCAGUAGCAUUAGUUUGCCCCAAUACUGUACGUAGCUCAGUAAUUAGUUCAAAUAUUCGGGAACUGAUCAUGACUUAGUCGAAAGAAGAUUGAUUUCACGCGUUCAACCGUCGCGUCAGUUAAAUAAAAAAGUAGUUUGUACUUUGGGUGGCUAAUUUGUAAAGACAACUUGAUACGAAGCUAAUUGUAAGCAUCACUCCUAAGUAUCUUCCAGAUUGGAUCUUUCAGAGGAUGAAAGAAGUCGGCUUUUUGCUGUUGCUUUCCUUGGUGUAUCAGCCGAAAUGCGAAAGUUGUAACUUCCCUUUUAUGAGCGACUGUCACUUUUCAGCAGUGACAAUGAAACCUGCUUAGCAGGCAUUCCUACUGAAGAAAAACCUGACGGAUGAUUCUUCCUUAAUCCGCCAUACAGAAGUGCUUUCAUUGGCUCUUUUAUAAUGAAGUUUUGAGCUGCUUGGUAAUUUAAGCGUCAUAUAAAUUAUAAACCGCUUUCCUCCCCUCGCAUUGUACCUCUUUUCGACUCUUUCAGGUCCAAUUAUUUGUUUCCGCCGUAGAUCGAAUGAUCCAUUUAUCCUCAACCCUUUUUAUGAUAAAAUAAAGACUACAAGUAUUAAUUUUAACGUGUUUUUGCUUAAAAAGGUAAAACGCAGUUGGGCUUAAUGAAACGAGAACGCAGGCACAAUUCCAAAUACACUGAAUGUGCGAAAAUUCUUUGACUGGCUCCAUAUAACAAAACACACAAACUCCAAAAACUCAGAGAGCUUACAAUUGUCACUGUCACACCACAGGGUCCAGAGGAGUUUCGUGUGAAUAAAUCAAUUACUUAUUUAAAGUCUCACCUUGAAAAAUGUCUAUACCUGCUGCUUAGCACGAUUAAUUAGCCCAAUGGGAUCUUUAUAAAUCUACUGUAAACGAUUUCUUUGUUUCUUACCUGACCCAGAUCGACUUUUCAAAAUCAGUAACCGCAAGCAACAUCCUCGCUGGCGCACGGCACGUCGCCCGAAGGGCGACCGAGGCACGAAGUGCCGAGUAAAAGAAAGGACAAGGGAGGAAACUUGUACCACGUGACUUCGUUCGCUGUGAACCGCAUCACUCGGUGACAGAAGUGAAUGAGACCGGAAACGCAAAAGCAACAGAUCGCUGCUAAUUCGAGAAUCAAAACAUCAGCUGCGGAGAGAAUUUUAAAGAGAUCUAUGCGAAGGCAACAGAGUUUUAAUUGAAGUGAAGAUCUUUCAAGACUGGACAUUUGUUGUACGUGUCAACAGUUUUCGAUGUCUUAAGCAGGUUUUGCUUGUGCGAAGGCUUCCCAGUAGUCGCAAAACGCACAGCCAAAGACGCAAGAGGUAAUAUAGUUAGGACCACCGAAGAAUGGUACAGACGUGAUGAUAUUACAGUUGCCUUGUUCGUCCGCUCUACUCAGUGUCAUGUUUUAUUGCAAGAGUACACACGACCGUAAAUCACUAUCCGUAAUAAUUUUACAUUCUCCAAACGAAAAUAUCGAGCUGGGCCCAUCGUGAUACAGCAUUGCAGAAAAACAUUACAUUCACGGACUAAAGAAAAUCGCUUAGUUAUUCAGAUCCAGAAGGCUCUUUGGAGAAAAUUGGAACCCUUAUUCAGCCGUAAUAAAACGCUUUACUUUUCCAAAGAGGUCAAAGAAAAUGCGCUUGCAUCAGAGGGCAAAUCCUGCCGACUAGAAACAAUAACCACAGUAAAUCGAUAUCUGUCAUGACCUCUCAGUGUGAAACAUGCGGCUAAAAUCCCCGCUAAAAUCACAUUUGCUCAGUGAAAAUGUAGAGCCUUCCAGAGCAUAGUCUACCCAGCAGAGGAAAAAAACUUUAUUGGAACAAGCGGCAUUUGGCAAAAGUCGAGUAGGCUUCCCUUUUAUUGCUCCGAUCUUGAGCACAUUUACUUUACUACGUCAUUUCCGUCACCAUCUGUUGCGGUGCACAGCGAACGAAAGCGCUCUCUCGAAGCCGUAAAUUUCGGUCGCCGAAAAUGAAUUUGAACGCUUUUUUAUGCCGUUUUCCUACAGUAUUUGGCAAAUACAUAAGAAUUCUAGAUCAGGUUAGUAAAAUCAGGCGAUUUCAUUCAAUUCCAUUAAUAUUUUGAGUUUCAGGGAUUCGAAAAUUGGCCCCAAAUUUGUUUCCUCCCUUUCCGUAUUUUAUACUGUAAGCCGAUCUUGCGAGCCCCCAGUCUCUUGGUUUGCGGUCUAUAAAAUGUGUAACGAAACUGCAACGCGAUCAAAAUAACCCAUUUUUUCAGAGGUUUUCGACGGGUUUUGAUGUUCUAACGACAAACACAUCUCCUCUGGACCCUGUGGUCACACAAGUGUUAGUAUUUUCGUGCUUCCCUUGGUAGCUAGCUUAGUUAACUUUGACGCAUGCGCGAUCUCGUUACCAGAGGCAAAGGGUUUAGUGACUGACACCCCGCAUUUCACAAAGAAAACGUCAAACACAUGACUUAAACGCAAUGUCGCUACCAAAAUGUCAUACCUCACACAACGCACAAUUACCGACUAGGAGAACAAAUAAAGUCAGUAGAACUCGCAGAUUUCGAGUCUGUCCAAAUAACAGUUUCAUUAUUUCGAAAAAGACACCCGCUGCUUCUAACAAAUUUCUCUACUUUGUUCAUGACUGUCCAAUUACAAUUUCAUUAUUUUGAAAAAGGCAAAUUCCUGCUUUCCAACAUCGCGCAGGUUGAAAGUUGCAGUGCGAACCCACAGAUUUUUUAAAAUUUGAAGGUUAACUGAAUAAUUCUCUGCAAACUCGUUUGUUCUAGCUUGUCGCAGGAGGAGAAGUGGUCUCCUUUCAAACUGGAAAGUUUAACAUGUCAGAUAGUUUUCAAGACUGGAUCUGCAGCAGCGCAUGUUCACCACCUCAAUACUGUCUUUUACCACGCUGCACAAAAAUUCCAUUCUCUGAAACAUUUAGCGGAUCAGAAAAGGUCAGUUAACUUUUCUUGACUAGAUGCUGUAAAAUACAACAAGAAAGACAUAAGUGUUAAACGUGAUAUGUCAAUGAUGACCAUAACAUUACACCAUUAAAAGGAGCGGACAACCUAACCCUAAAUUUAGUUAAUUACGCAAACAAAAGCACCCUCCAUCUUUUGCAUAUUGUAUUAUUAUUAUUAUUAUUAUUAUUAUUAUUAUUACUAUUUAAUAUUUUGAGGUUCGUGUGCACGUAUCUCUGAGUCAUGGAAGGAAUAUUUCACGUGCUCACUCACCUGCUGCCUUGUGGGUUCAAUCUAUCAAUACACGUGGAUUUGAGGUAUGCGCACGUGAGGCAGGCGAUGGAUCAAAUGGAACUGGUAUCAUAAAUUGGAUGGCUUUCCAAGAUCAACCACAAGUUACAUCUGGCAGCAUAGCGUUUGGUGGAAUGUGGACAACAGAAACCAAGUGCGACAAAGUGACGUUUAAAAAGGUUAGUGUUAGAAGCACAAGGAAAAGCGUGGAAAAUAUAUAUUACUUUUCCAUUUUUGCUAUGCACUUCUAGGUCAUCUAUGUUGCAAUUGUUAAUCCAGUUGAGCCUGUGUCUCUGUUCAACAUUUGUGACGUCCUAGCGACUAUAAUUUUUCCCUUUUAUCUUACGCCUGUGUGGAUUUAUUCAUUCCACGGUGCAUGUGUGUAUGAUUGAUUCUAUCGAGUUCGCGAGACCGAUUUAUCAAAUAAAAGAAACGAUUGUCCUAUGAUUUUCCCUUUGAUAUACUGACGAAGAUUUUAAAAAUUCCAGAGCUUUGCUCCGAGGCCCUUUGUUUUUGUCUCGGCGAAGUACACUCGAGCUACAAAACCCAGUGAUGCAGUGUAUGUUUGGUUAGAGAACGUCAGUUCCAGAGGCUUUGAGGUGUGCAUCAAGGAAUUCUUACCAUUUGAUGGAAAACACCAAGAUACAGUGGUGGUGGGUAUGCCUGUUUGGUUUUCAAUUGUUCCAUGGCUCGGAUAGCUAGAUUUUGCUGAGGAAAAGUAAGAGCGCAUGACUAUCAUUGUAGUCAUCAUUAGCACCUUAUUCAUCAUCAUUAUCAUUAUCAUCAUAAUCAUCAUCACGAUCAUCACUAUCGUCAAUAUCAUUAUUUUUAUGUAGCAUUGUAAUCAGCAUCACUAUUAUUAUUAUCGUUAUUAUCAUUAUUACCUUAAGGAUUGACAUCAUCAUCAUCACCAUCACCAUCAAUGACCCUCCAGUUCUCUGCUGUUUUUCUGCGUCUUUCAAAGCCAUGUCUCAGCAGCUUCCCGCAGAUUAGAGAUUCAACACUUUCCGCAAAAUAUGAGCUGCACCAAGGAUGGCUGACAACUAUGCACUUCCAAAUAUGUAAGGCAGACUAAACCUCCCAUACCAGUCAUUUGCUUCCAAGUGCACCAAUAUCGAUGGGUAUUACUGCCACUAGCCUCUUUGGAUUCUUUUAAUGUAAUUUUGAGUGCUAGGUUUUGAUACCUUUCCACCCUCUCCUCCUCAGUAAUAAAGAUAUUUUGGUCCGUUGACACAGCAAUGUAGAUAACUAGUGUGCACUUUUAUGUACCUUUGUGCACCACAGUAAUAUCUGGUCGAGCUUACUUCGGCCGCUUGUCCGUAGGAAGAUAGUCAUAUCCCAAAUUAUCCUAACUUCUCCAUUCUCUGUAACUGGUGAAGGUAAUGGUAGUACCACUUGCCAGUACACUAUAACCCAUACUUUCUGCAAAGUUCCCAGCGUAUAUAUUAAUAUCUCUGGCCAAGCUAAGCUUCCUUCAAUAUGUCAUACUGUUUCAGUGAAGUCACCACAAAAUCUGUACAUUGGUGUGUCAGAGGUUUUAUCUAUGCUGUGCUUGACACAAAUUGCUCUUAAAGCUUGUUCUUAAGCGGUGAGGAUCAGUUCUGUUCCCUUUUUAUAAAACAAUUCCUGAAACGUCUCCAAAACUCCUCUCCAGCCACCUGAAGUCUGCCGAGCAAACUCUCCAUGUAGGGCUUUUUCCUUCCAGUUCUUGACUUUCUACUCUUUCUUCUGGUAGUCCUGAGGGUUCUUUUCUUCAACAAGCACCUUCUCCUUUAAAGCCAUUUGCAGCAUCCUCUCUGUGCUCUCUCUCAGGUAGCCAUGCAAGAAUUUUCAUUCACUCUUUACAACUCCUCAAUACCAAUGAACCCUCCCCUCUUCCUUCCUCGAUCGGUAGAUACCCUCUGGCGACAUUUGUUAUGGUGUGUAAACAGCCAUUCAGUGCCAACAUAACUACUAUAAACAGCAAGGAUGACAAGGAAUAACUUGAAAGUGUACUUUCUGAUGUCGACCUGCCCAAGCUUCCAAUCACCUGAUGUCAACACUGUCUUCAAGUUCAUCAUGCUAUUGCUGAGAGAUCAUACUCUUGUCUCUUGUCUUGUUUCUGCUCGGUAAUUUCUGUUAACUCAAUGUGGAGUUAAGAGUUUUCCAUGUACAAGUCUAGCAUCCUUUUUCUUUAGCCUCGCCUCUUUGGCUCACUCCUGAUGUAACACUCAAACAGUCGUUUGCUGUUCUCCUUUCACCACCUCAAAUUCUUUUGAAGUCGUUCAACAGUAACAGGAUGACCACCGGGCCUGCGUUGUUGAUCUACAGGGCACCUGCCAUACGCGACACCUUCGAUGAUCACCCCAGGUCUGUUGACGUUGUCAGAGUAAAAUUGGACAUUCUCUCAUUAAAUAAGUUGUGUUUUAAGGUUUCCUUUAACCAACAGUUUAUCGUGCCACCAUCACUAGACGGAUUGCUAACCAAAGCUCAGAGAGAUCAAUCUACAAGAUAGCCUAUACCGUGCCAGACACCAACCUGGUGUUUUCUGGUAUAGAGGGACCAAUAUCCAUUUACAAUAUCCUCGUGGUUUCGGAACCUCGACGAUGGUGGCAUAGGGGUCGUUGGCUUAUUAUUAUUAAACACAUACAAACUACAAUGUGUUUUGCCCAGCCGACACACACUGAAUGAAAAUACGCCUGUACGUUAUACAUGUAUCUUACUAUUUGGUUUAAAUAAACUGAGAAAAUUUUUCCAUAAACUGUUAAAGGGAAAUAGCAGUGUCUCGACGUUUAUGUUUUUAAAAUUUUAUCAUUUCAGGACUGGUUCGCGUUUGUGGGGAAUGGUUCCAAUUUUAAUUUGACCAUGACAGGAGAAGUUACCUUUCCAAACCUCGGCACACCGACAUCAUAUGACAACUUUGGAUUCUGUCAAGUACCUUUAUUCUAAUUUAAUACUUACAGUUUGUCGGCUCCAUAUUAUGAUUUUGACAGCAGCUAUUUGUCAUUAGGUAAAAGCUGAACACCUGAUAAAAGAAAUCCUCAUUGGACAUUAAUCCUUUCACCGCGUAUACUAGAGUGAACAACAAAGUGUUAUGAAGCUGUUCUAACCUUGGAAUAUAUAAUCAAGAUACUGCGGUAUUAAACCUCUGACAGCCCUUUAAAAAUGAUAGAAUAUUUUUUUUAAGACAGCACUUUACAAAAAGACACGAGGAGGUGUUGCGACAUUUUUCCUUCUGUUUACUUUUGACAGAGAAUGAGUUAAGAGUUUCAAUCUUGAUCCAAAAAUAGCUCACACCAUUUUCUGACUUAAUCUCAAUAGGAAUCAUAUUUUCGCUGUCCUGGCAGUUUUAUCAAAUGAAGAAGUAGUACGUAAUGAACUGUUAUUUCCUUAUUCACUGUUUUCACAGAAUAUUCAUUACAACACCACCUUCUACGCGUCACCUGUGGUCCUGGUUUCAGUUCAUCACUAUUACAACCGUAACAUGAAAAACGUCAUUUUACCAGAAAAUAAUAUUGUCACGGCAUGGGUGGAGGUACGUUUCUUUUCUACAGAUUUUCUUAAAAUAAUUCUCUGGUUUAGCAAAGGGUGAAGUAUCUCACCGCAAAGAGUUUCAUUCUUUUCCAGGGAGUUGGCCUAAAAUCGGUGAGGAUUUGUGUCAGAGACUUGAGUGGAACGGGACGGAAACAUGACCCCCUUUCUGUUAGUUAUAUUGUUACCGGAGGUAAGUAAUGCUCUUUAACAAACUCUAUGAAGAGCUUGAAUGGUCAUUUUACCAGAUUCAUAAGAUUCACUAUAGGCAGUGUUCAAUCGGGAAAUUGGUCAAAGUGGGUCAUAUGUCCCACAUGAGCUUUUAAAUUGGGUCAUUUAAAAAAUGGUCUAGGUCUGCAAACUAUGCGACAUUGAAAUUUUGAACAACUCUAAUGGACAUCUUCAUGCUUUUCAGAUUCAACUGCCAUUUUCUCUUUUGUAAAAAAUGAACUUAGUUUUUGUCAUUUCAUAAUGAAACAAAAACAAAGAACAAAGUCAACAAACAAAGCACAAAUCGAUCGGCAAAGCUCUAUGACGAGCUUGAAUGGUCAUUCUACCAGAUUCAUGAAAGAAAAAGGGAAAUUUAGGCAUGGAUUUUAUCUGCAAAAUGUUGGACUUAAUUUACUAUCCUAAAACAAAAGUUUACUAUACUAAAACAAAAGUUUAUACUUACAAUACGUUUUAUUAAUUAUUGUUUUUAUUAAUUCUCCCAAUUGGGAUCUUCAGAAUUAAUUUACAAGAACUCGUCAGGCUAAGUAACGUUCGAAAUUACUAACAGUACAUAAUUAUGUAAACGAAAUGAAACUACGAGAUAAAGAUAACCAACACAAGUUGACGAAGAAACAGGACAAGGCUUUGGCAGGAUUGCAAAAUCACGAGACAGAAGAUGUUAAAGAAAAUUGAAAUUCUUUGAAAGCAAUUACAUAUGACACUGCUGUGAAUGUCUUAGGUAAACCCAAUCGUAAACUCACUAGGAUUGGUUCGACGGCAGUGAAAAGAAGCUGAAGGCCUUGUUAGAGUCGAGGAAAGAACUAAUGUAAGGGUGAAAUAGCUAGAUCAAACAGGGCAAAACUGACCAGUAGUCGACGGAAUCUACAGCAGUACACCAGGGAAAUGAAGUCUUAAUAGUGGGAAGCAAAGGCUGAAGAAUUGCAGCAGGCAGCAGAAAAAAAAAACGAUAUGAAAGCCUUUUACAAUUGGCUGAAAGAAGUAUAUAGACCACUGUAGAGGGGUACAACACAGCUUGCUGCCCUUGAUGGUGAGACAGCAAUACGUGAAAAACCUGAGAUUCACGAUGGGUUUGCAAAUCACUUUGACCAGCUACUCAACAUAUCAAGAGAGGUUGAUCGCUCUGCCUUGAACACUAUUGCUUACUGGCCAAACAUCUCGUUCCUUGAUAAAAAAAACCUGAAUUCAAGGAACUGUUGGAUGCCAUCAAUGCAACAAAUGAGGUUGGCGCAACACCACUCUGCGACAUGUUGGAUAUCCUCAGCAACUUGGCGUAGACGUGAAUCAAUGUCCUUUGUCGCGAACGAAAAAUAUAUCUUUGUGUCAUGAACGUACGAUUCGAUGUUACUUAACUUGAUGACUUCAGGUAGAUCGUUCGUUCUUUUGUUUUUCAGACCUGGAUCCUUGUCUUAAUGUCAACUGCCCAUCUUUUGGGGUCUGCAAGACAUACAGUGCUCAUGAAGCACGCUGUGUGUGUUUUGACGACUGCCCCACCUAUCAGGACCCAGUAUGCACUGCCAACGGAACAACUUAUGACAACAAAUGCUGGCACGAGUUGAGCUACUGCAGGGGACUGGAUAAUAACCUUGUUUACCACCCUGGGAGCUGUGAAGGUUGGUGAAAGAGACCCCCUAACACAGUCUUCGAAGUAAUGAAAAUGAAUUGGCGCAUAAGGAAGGCGGGGAUGGUUGAUUUUCAAAGCAAAUCCUUGUAACUAGAAAAGGAUGACUUUCCAUCUAAUUUACGUCUGUGCUUUUUUCAAAAGGUUUCCCAGUAGUCCGUGGCCGCGUGGACCUUCAUCGAAUCCCAAAGUGGACAGAUUCCACUUGCCAGACGGUAGAUGUCCCUCCGUAUCGCUUUUAUCCGGAUAAGAAAGUUCAUGUUCAAAUUAGUGUCAAUCACAUGAAGUUAAAUGACUCUGUGUCAGUCCACGAUGCUGUCACAUCAUGGACUGAAAGUGUUAACACCCAAAACUUUACAGUUUGCGUCAUGCAGACAGGAAGGAACAGUGGAGAGAGCUCUAAUCCCUUCGCUACAGUUGAUUGGCUGGCUUACCAAGGGGCUCCACCCAAUGGAAUGACGGGAAGGAUUAAGAUGCAAAACUGGUGGUCUGGUACGAAAUGUGCUCCUGUGGUUUAUCCCAAGGUAAAGGAAACGUAAAAAAGAGCUUCCGCUGACAAAUAAUGUUUAACGAUUGUGUGUUCCUUUGUAAAUAGGAUGACGGCGUAGAGGUCUGUUCCGACUCUAAAUUUCUAAUGACUAGUUUCUUUCUUACAGAAUAAGUUCAAGGAAACACCUAUAGUUCUCGUGACCGCAGAACACUUGAGGACUGGAAAGGAGUAUGAUGCAUCCCUAAUAUGGACAGAAGAUCCAAAUAAGGACUCAUUUAAAGUCUGUCUUCGUGAAAUGCAAAACUUUGAUGGAAAACAUGAAGACAUUACCGUGGUAUGUUUGAAAAUCAUAUUGUUAUUAAAAGCAGAAUAAAAUAUUGGUGUCAGGGGCGAGAUUGCAACCUCGGAGAAAGCGGGAAGGUUUCAGUGCUGCUAUGAUGUGACAUGCAUUGGAUACUGCACUAAUGAAUAUAAGCAAGAAAAGGAAAGAUACAAUCUAAACUGUCAUUGAUUUUGAUGCUGUUUAAUAAUAUUGUUUUAGAGUUGGCUGGUAUUUGUUGAACUAAGCAAACCGUUCUUCACUGAAGGUGAUUCUGUCGGAUUUUUAAACACAAAGCCACCAAAAGACGAAGAUAACAACGCUUAUUGCCAAGUAAGUGAAAAAAGAAAAACGCCGAUGAAACGAAAUAUAAAAAUAAAAUUAAAAAUACACAUUUCAUGUCACGAGACAUUGUUAAGAAUUCUAAUUAUUUUUUUUUUAAUGGCAGUUCGUGAAGUUUGAAAGAAGCUAUAACACAACACCCUCAGUGUUACUUACAGCCAAUCACAGCAGCACGGCUCCUGGAAACUCCGCACCAAUUCACUACGGGAUUACAACAUGGAUCGAGGUACCAAAAAUAACAAGAGAGGAUCAUGGACGUCCCAAGACAAAGCAUUGGUUAAAAAAAUAAAUCUGAUAGUUUUUAAGGGCAAAAACAAAACUCUGCCGAAAAGGUCUACCAUAACAAGAAUCGGUGCUCGUUACGUUAAAUCAUAUUAUUGACAUCAUUCUUUCUGGCGCAAAUCACGGGCAGUAAUUAAGGUUACGUAAGAUUGUGUAGAUGCUUCUAGUCCUCCGCAGUUUCCCGUUGGGAUUCUGACAAAGUUUUGUUAGAAAAAAAGGGUAAGCGCGAGUAACGAUGGGAAAAGGGAAAAGCGGCUUUCCACCGUCCCUGACAAGCAAUAUUUAAAAACAAGUUUUAAUGAUCAAGUUAGCUAACUGUAAUCCUUUUUUGCAGAACGUGAACGCAACAGGCUUCAGGGUGUGUUUGAAGGAGUUGUACGAAACCAGAUACGAUCCCGUGUCAGUGAAUUAUGCGGUUCUUUCAGGUCAGUUAAUACGAAAAAUACCACAUCUUAAGACGUGGCCGUUUUACUGAGCAAACUAUCAUGUCUUGAUUAGGGACGGACCAUUAGGAAACAUUUGGGGUGGGGGGGCGAAGUACCAAAAAAAAUUCGCGCAAGGGAAAAUUUAAUUUAAAAAAAUUCUUGCACGCCAAUUAACCCUAAGAAAUAUUCAUGCAAGGGCCUAAAAAAAAUUCAUACAAGGAGUUUGAUAACGAAAAAAAAUUCCUGCGGCUCGAAAAUUCCCCUCCCCCCCAUAACUUUUCCAAUGGUUCGUCCCUUAGUAGCAGCGUUACAUACGUCACGUGCACAGAUGUCACGUGGAAUCAUUGCUUAGCUUUUUUUCAUAUUUAUUCAGGGAUAUAAGAAGGCGUUUACCCAUUCUGGUGUUGUCUUACUUUGCGUAAAUUUGCUAUGUAUGACCUCUGGCUUACCUCAAUGUAGCCAUCUUUUCUGUUGGUGGAUAAAGUCUCCAACAGGUAACAUACAUAACUGUCAGCGUUAGCCAGUAGCCAUUACUGAGCUUAAGGCCAAAUCUUAAACUUUACUUUUCCACAGAUAUCUGUGAUCCUGGGUGGAGCUAUUUCAAUGGAUUCUGUUAUUUGACUAAUGAAAAAUGCGUCAAUUGGACAACAGCUCUCACCAAAUGUCGUCAGGAAAACUCGGUCCUUGUUGAUGUUACCAACGAUGAGGAAAAUGUUUAUAUUCAACACCGCCAUAAUAAAGAAAAAUCCUGGCUGGGCCUGAAUGACAUAACCACGGAAGGUAACUUCACUUGGGCAGAUCGCGGUGAGGGGAACUUUACAGCCUGGGCGAAAAAUCAACCCAAUAAUUUUAAUGAAGAAGACUGUGUGCACGCACUUGGUCUGAGAUACAACUAUGAAUGGAAUGACGUGAAGUGUAGUGAUUGUCAUCAGUACACUUGUAAGAGAGGUAGGAUGGUAAAAUGUUUUUAUUCAUUCAGUGUUUUAAUGGUCUUUUCUUAAUGGCCAGAUAUUCUACCUUUUUGUUCAUGCAAAUCCCACUUUCUUAAAAACGUACAACGAGCAACUUGACCGACUCAUCAAAGAGCGAAUGCCAAUAGGAGUCUGCAAGGAUAAAGAAAACGUUUUCUUGUUUUCUGCUCCAAACUGAAGCCUCUUUGUUUUUUGUAGACAGCCCGAAAGCUUUUAUGCUUCCCUUGAAAGUUGCUUCUUAAGAGUGAGUCCAUGGGUGCACCAGGCAGGUGCGCUACAUGCUAUCUCUCCGAUUUCAAUGAAACUUGGCCAGUUUAAAGGGUCUACCCCAAAACUCAAAAUGACAAACUGGUUCAUAGUUUGGAUCUUUAUGGUGGGAGAUAGGCCACCCAACUGGUUUAAUUAGAUUUUUUACCAAUAAAAGUGCAUUAAUACCAGGCAAAAGUAGGAAGCUCUCAGGACAACUGUGUUUAACCUUUGACUAUGAGGGUUUGUAUAAAUGUUGAUGCAUCUUUGACAAAUGUAAGAAUAUAAGUUUCAGUCAAUUUGAUUGACAGCUUGUCAAUCACCGGCCUUGAACAUUGGACCACCUUUUUAGCCAUUCAAAUAUUUGCUGAUUUUGAGAUCAAAUAUCUCUCCUUGCCAGAAAGCUAUGACAAUAAUUUUGCUAUUCCCUGUUUACCAACCCUUUAGUCUAUAAUAAACAUAAAAAAAAUUUCUGGGCACUGCCUUUUUUGGGCGACAGAUGCCAGUUGAAAACUGCACCUAAAACAAGCCUAUUUCCACUUCACCUGUCCUAUAAUUCAGCAAUUAAGGGCCGUUGAGGUUACUAAACCGACACUUUCCAGCCCGUUAUACAAGAAUGAUAAUUGAGGAGUUUAAUGUAUGCUUAAACCUUCGAGAUUUUGUGAGAAAAUUAAAGAUUUCACACUGAUUAGUAAUGCACGUCACCAAAAUAUAGAAGGCAAAAUCGUAAUGUUUGUGACCUCGUUUUGAUUUUCUUGCAAAAUGAAAGAUUAUUCUUCUUACGAGUUACACUAUACAGAAGUCCUUCAUUCAAGUGUUUAUGGUCUUUACUGCGACAGAACCAAGCUGUUUUUAAUUUCCUGGGCAGAAUUUUCAAGGCCAUACGGCGAGUGGUUGUUGACAAGCUUUGAAUCACGCCAGUAUAUGCCAGUCAUAAAGCAACGUCAACUCGCACAUCUAAAAACAACAUUCAACGAUGGGAAAUUCUUCCUUCUAGCGAUAAAGAAAUUACGCCCUUAAAAAGUUCAUUAAGUUUAGGCUAAAACCUAAAAAAGAAUAGCGUUAGUUUUACUUACCGCCGUCGAUCUACGCCUAACUAUUAUGUAUGCUCCGUGACCAGCCAAUAUUUGUUUAGAAUCCACUUCUUUGCCUCCAAAAGGCUUUCAGAAUGUCCUGCUUAUCUCUAUUAAUAACUAUAUCUAUCUCCUCCUAAGUUCAUUUUUUGUUCAAAUGCAAGUGGUUCGAAGAUCUCUGUUACUCUCAAUCGCGAUUAUUUACUACCAAGAAUUACGUGACAAAAAGAAAGAGCCUGCAAUGUUUUGAUCAGCGAAUUUCCCGCGCCUUCCCCGGCAAUUUACAUAAAUCUAAACAAUUUUCGGUUGUCUAAACUGGAAGAGAAAAUGAAUAAAAAUAAACAAAACAAAACAGAACUAAAAAAUAGGUAUUUACAUUUUUGUUUUCGUCUCCCUAGGGCCAAAACUAUAGCCUGUGUACAGACCCCUUCUCCCCUCACUGAAACACCCGACCUUUUUUCACUAGAUAUUCCUUGUUUACUUCCUGUUUAAAAGCCAUGACAUCUAUUGUCGAUUAUUCGUUAAAAAGGCGUUUAUUGUCAUUACAAUGAUAAAGACAAUAUGUAGCAUGAAAGGAGAUAUUUUACAUAAAAUGCGCGGUCUACUAAAAAAAACUAUCUAUAGCCAACUGAUAAAAAUACUGUCUACUAAAACUACUCUAAAAAGCAUACUAAAACUAGUUUUAAAAUGUCUGCAUUCCUCGUAUUAAAACUAAAAUCAUCUAAAAAGUCAGCAUUCUUCUGAAAAAGGGUUCUGGACCCUCGUACACAUGUGUGGACGGAUCUUAAAAUUUCAAAAGAUAUGCGUGUUUUAAGCCAAGAUAUGGCACUGGCAUACGACUUGCCGUUUAUUUCGGGAAAGUUUGUCCGCUAGGUUGCUCAGAAAAAGUUUGCAUUCUCCCCCAUUCCUCCAUUCCUGCCAAAAUCCAGGGGGAUAAAAGAUCCCAUUUCCACGUUAAUAACUCUUUGUUGGUACUUCCUUUUCUUCUCAUUCUCAUGCUCCACGAAGAUCAAUUCUGUGGAUUUGUUCUGGUUACACGUUGAGUUCACAUGCGUAAAACAUACAUAGAAGAAUGCUGUCCCUCCUCGUGACCAGAAACUUCCGCCUUUAUGUCCAGUCUAGCCUCAGGACGGACUUGUGAUGGUGGAUCUUAGGUUGAAUACCUCAUGGUCGAUCGAUAGAAGGUGGGGUUCUACCUCGACAUCCUUGCAGAUUUUGCUGAGCAGAGGUGUGCGAAAGUUUUGGAUGCCAUCAUGUCUUUGUGCAACAAAACCCGUCUUCUUACACGACAGAGCGUGUCUGACUGUGAAUCGAUCUCCACACGCGCAAUGUCUCGGCAAGUCCGCUAGUUGCAGAUUGUAAUGCAAGCGUAGAGAGUCCCUAAAUUGUUGCCUAUUCAAUGUCAGGUCCUGCUCUUUAAGGGUUACGGCGUUGAGCCACGAGUUUGCAUCAUUGCCUCUGGCCUGCUUUGUUGAUCUUAGCAGGUCUAACUGCUACAUGUGUUGCUAUUAUUAACUUUGAGGCAGCGUAUUGCUGUGAGACUUCAGCUUUCAGGUCUGGUAUACCCAGACCCCCCUUGUGCUGGCGGAAGGACAAAUAGUUCUCGCAACUCAGCAGGGAGGGGCUCCGUCUGGUGAAAAAGGACUGGAAGGAAAAUAUCAUUGAUCGCUUCCUAAAUUGGUUCCACAUAGUCUUCAAAAGAGUCAAUUGUACGCAUAAAAUAUGGAAAUUUCGAUUUGUAGCCCCCUGUGAAGGAGACGUAGGCGGCAUGGGUAUGACUCUUUACGAACUCCGCCAGCAACUCGAUGUUUUCCCUCCAACCCUGGGCUUUUCCACUACAUCAUUGGUCUUUGUAUUACUGUGAUCCAGUGACUGUUUCGAGGUGUCGUUGACCUUCCGUUGUUAUAAUUGUGACCUCCUCUCCAAACACCAGCUCGGCCUCGUCUGCUAGAUCUUGUGUCUGUACAACCCGGGCUUUACUAUUAGCCAACUUUUGGGGCCAUUGAUUAGGUAGCCAGAUUUCUUUCCCUCUUGACUAAAAAGCUUAUACCAGUUGUAUAACAGUUCCAUUAGGCUGCUUCCUGCCGAGUCAUCAACCAGUUAUACUUGCUUAACUUCAGGUAUACGCGCUUUUAGGCUCGGAAUCAAGAUGGAUGUGUUGAUCGCAUACCACGGUAUGGCUAAAGGGUCACUCUAUGCUGUCCCUUCGUGAGAUAAGGUCUCUACUCCUCCACAGGUGAACAAUCUCGAGGGACUUCCGUACGUGUUGAUGAUAUACAUGGAAAUUUCCGGGCAAGUUAUUUGGUUUUUGCUAGCGUCAACCAACAGGAUUUCGUCUGUACCAUCAUCAUCUUAAAUCGCGGCCAUGGCAUGUAUGGCGACCUCGGCACCCGCACUGUAGCCAAUGCAAAUUUGCCGGGGGGGCGGCUGCCAGUAUGAUCUCCUCCAAAAAGGCCCUGUUUACAAGGGGGGAGGGUAACCCUGGUGCUAGGGUACCGUAGCAAGAGGGUUACCCUAGCACUCGCUCCUUUCUUCUUUUUUACACGACGUGUUUACACGGCAGGUAGGGUUACCCUAGCAAGCGGGUUACCCUACCUGCCUUGUAAACGCUCUGCUAGGGAUAACUCGCCUACCCUGGACAACUUUCCUCCGUUGACCCGAGUGAUAGGGUAACCCUACCUGUGAACUGAGGUUAAAGAUAGGGAGGGGCCGGGGCGAAGGGAAGAAGGCAGAAAACCCUGAGUUCAGCUUUCGUGUGGCUGUAUAUUUUUCUGUACGAACUACAAAACACGCCCUGAAAAACAGCCCGCAUUUUUAGUAUGCUAAUGAAAAGGAGUAACAAAAAAAUAUUGUAGCUAGAUUACAGAAGCUGAACCCCUGAGUGGAAAAUGAACACGUGAAUACGCGAAGCGUGUUUUGACAAGUACUUAUUUUUUCUUGGCUAUAUUAUUUCAGCUUAAAAUAAAUGUUAUAUUUUAUUACUUGGCUUCCCUGUUUUCAAGAAAAAGCAUCCACUAGUUCCCCAUAGUUUUUACUUUAACUUAAACUUAAGGAAGGCAAAUUUCUUGUAAACCAGAGCUAACGUUACCCCGCUUCCUAGGGUAACCCUCUCUUCUUGUAAACAGGCCCUAAGAAGGUGGAUAUGGUCUUAUUCGUCUCAAAACCUCUCCGACUCCUAUUGGUCAGAUUGAUGGAUUCUUAUCCAGUGGAAUGAGCCUGAAGGAAGUGUAGCUUUCCAAGAGAGAAGGGUGCUAACUUCAUUUCAGCAGAUUUCUGGUCAACGCAGCUAUUUCUUUUAGGCUUAUUAUUAUUAUUAUUAUCAUUAUCAUUAUCAUUAUCAUUAUCAUUAUCAUUAUCAUUAUCAUUAUCAUUAUCAUUAUCAUUAUCAUUAUCAUUAUCAUUAUCAUUAUCAUUAUUAUUAUUAUUAUUAUUAUUAUUACUUUUUUUUUUCAUCCUCUCCUCCAGUUUAGACAACCCAAAAUUGUUUAGAAUGUAUUUAAAUCGCCGGGGAAGGCGCGGGAAAUUCGCUGGUCAGAACACUGCAGGCUCUUUCUUUUUGUCACGUAAUACUUGGUGAUUGAGAGUGACGGAGAUCUUCGAACCACUUGCAUUUGCACAAAAAAUGAACAUAGGAGGAGACAAAUUAGUUAUAGAGAUAAGUAGAAAAUUCUGAAAGGCUUUGGAAGGCAAAGAAGUGGAUUCUAAACAAACAUUGUCUGGUCACGCAGCAUGCAUAAUACCGAGGCGUAGAUCGACUAAUUAGAUCGACGGCGGUAAGCAAAAUUAACACGAUUCUUUUUCUGAGGUUGUAGCCUGAACUAAAUGAACUUUUUAAGGGUGUAAUUUCUUUAUCGCUAGAAGGAAGAAUUUCCCAUCGUUGAAUGCUGUUAUUAGAUGUGCGAGUUGACUUUGCUUUACGACUGGCAUAUACUGGCGUGAUUCAAAGCUUGUCAACAACCACUCGCCAUGUGGCCUUGAAAAUUCUGGCCAGGAAAUUAAAAACAGCUUGGUUUUGUCACAGUAAAGACCAUAAACACUUAAAUGAUGGACUUCUGUUUAGUCUAACUCGUAAGAAGAAUAAUCUCUGAUUUUGCGAGAAAAUCAAAACGAGGUCACAAACAUUACGAUUUUGCCUUCGAUAUUUUGGUGACGUGCAUUACUAAUCAGUGUGAAAUCUUUAAUUUUCUCACAAAAUCUCGAAGGUUUAAGCAUACAUUAAACUCCUCAAUUAUCAUUCUUGUAUAACGGGCUGGAAAGUGUCGGUUUAGUAACUUCAACGGCCCUUAAUUGCUGAAUUAUAGGACAGGUGAAGUGGAAAUAAGCUUGUUUUAGGUGCGGUUUUCAAUUGGCAUCUGACGCCCAGCAAAGGCAGAACCCAGAAAUGUUUUUUAUGUUUAUUAUAGACUAAAGGGUUGGUAAACAGGGAAUAGCAAAAUUAUUGUCAUAGCUUUCUGGCAAGGAGAGAUGUUUGAUCUCAAAAUCAGCAAAUAUUUGAAUGGCUAAAAAGGUGGUCCAAUAUUCAAGGCCGGUGAUUGACAAGCUGUCAAUCAAAUUGACUAAAACUUAUAUCCUUGCAUUUGUUAAAGAUGCAUCAACAUAUAUACAAACCCUCAAAGUCAAAGGUUAAAAACAGUUGUCCUGAGAGCUUCCUACUUUUGCCUGGUAUUAAUGCACUUUUAUUGGUAAAAAAUCUAAUUAAACCAGUUGGGUGGGCUAUCUCCCACCAUAAAGAUCCAAACUAUGAACCAGUUUGUCAUUUUGAGUUUUGGGGUAGACCCUUUAAACUGGCCAAGUUUCAUCGAAAUCGGAGAGAUAGCAUGUAGCACGCCUGCCUGGUGCACCCAUGGACUCACUCUUAAACUGUUAAGUAGAAAAUUAUAUAAUAAAUCCGAUACGCAUUAUGUCAGACCCCGGAUAGCAAAAUCUCAGCCAAUCCGGCCUUUGGUGUCUACCGUAAACUGUCGCUUAUAAUCCCUGGGCUUAUAGGAGGGCUUAUAAAUGGAGAGGCUUAUAUCCGAGGAGGAUUAUAACCAGAAUAGAAAAAGCGCUUCGAAACAAGAUAUAGCAGUGCUGAUCAAAAUACAUUUCAAAUUCAAAGUAGACCGACUGCAAAUUAUAUUAGUUGCUAAAAAAUAUAUAUCUACUUGUCGCAACUGUUCAUCAGUAGGAUGCCUAAAAUGCGUGCAAUUCCACAAUUGGUUUCGGCUCCAUUAAAUCCUAUGCCAAUUGCAGAACAUUUUAGGAGGAGCCACCCACCACGUGAGCACAGUCACGGACAAUGUAUAAUGUAUAAUGUAUAAUGUUGUACAUUUUGCAUUUACUGGUGUUCAAUUAAGCUUUUAAAAAGGUCAUAACAUAUCGAAUUCAGAGGGCGGCGAGGAUAAGGAGGGGUGUUUAUCCAGGGAGCUUUGAAUCAGCUGUAUUUUUUUGUUCACAGGCAGAUGGGCCGUAAAUGGGGGAGAGCUCAUAAGUAGGGGGCGUUUAUUGGCGGCAGUUUACGGUAAUUAAAUAUCUCAGUGGGUAAGAUACGCAAGAAUUUGUAUAUCAAACUAGGUUAGUACGUCGUCUUUCGUCUCCACUUGAACAAUAAGCCAUCAAAUCCGCGUUACUUUCAAAAGAGUUCAAUAAAUUUCGUUAAAACGCCUUGGUAUAAUCAUUCGUAAGUAUAGUUCUGUGCUACGGGAAUAACGAUCAGCAGUUCGAGGAUAAAUCACCGUAUAAAUGUAUCCAUCCUUUACGAGUUAAUGGUGCAAAAACCGACAACACCAAUUGUCAAAUCGCAAAAAAUCUUAGGCAUCCUACGGCUCAGGCCACUUAGCUUAAGGUAUGACUGUCUUAUCAAAUAUGUACAUUUUGAUAAAAUUCUAUUUAGAACGGUUUGCUUCGAUCAAUGAUCCUGAAAACUGAACUACAAAUGUAGCUUAAUGGCCUAGCAAUAUGAGUGCGUUUUAGAAGCUCAAAUUCUCGUCACGUGACUGAUAAUUGAGAAUCUACGGUAAAAAUAUUUACUCUAAAAUGGGGAAAGGAUAAUGAAAGAGCAACAAGUUCUUUUAGGUACAUUUCAGAGGCUAUUAAAAAGGUUCUUAUAAAUUCGCCUUGUAUGUGUGUUUACGUUAUAUAGGAAUCGGUAAAUAAAGGGAAAAGGGUCAAGUGACUUAUUAAUUAGUUAAAUAGCUAAUAGGAUAAAUAACAUUUCCAAUCAUACAAGGCGAAUUUACGAUUUACACUGUUUAUGUAACAUUUUGGUAGUGAAAAUUCCUAAGAUUAAGGUUUGCAACCCUUCCCUGUUUAGGAAAACGUGUUUUGUGACGUCAUUGACGAAGUGAUGUCACGUGUUAUUUAAAAUCACGUUUCACGUGUUUUUUUCGUUGAGCCACAUUCGUGGCUUACUUUUCAGGAGCACUGAUGGAAGCAAACCGUUCUAAUUAAAUAGCAUUUACUAAAAUAUGCAUAUUUAUUUAGGUAGUCAUGCCUUAAUUAGGGAGUUUAAGAUACGAAGACUACGGACUACGAACUACGGCUGGACGAGCGUUGUCCUUCGUUUGUAGCACUGGGUUGAGUCGUGCAAAUAUAGAACGUUAAGAUUGCACUAAGGCAGGCAGUAGACUACGAGAGAAGAAGCGCAGUGGGAAACAACACGCAAAGAUUUUCUUGUUUUAAUCACAGUUCACAAAAAUGCAAGUCACUUUUGCAUGUGAUCUUAUCUUUAGAACAAUGAACAAAUUCUUCCAUACUUGAAGGAAGCAAUUACACUUAAUUACUUUGGGUGAAAUUGAUGAACAAAGUUUUGGUUACACAGGUUUAAUUUUUUUCGCCCAUGAAUACUUAUGUCAAAUAAUAAAGAAAUAGACAGAAAUAGUAAUAGCUCAUUUAUUAUAUUUAGAAGGUGGAUUUCUCCGACUACUGAUUUGCUGUAGUUUGAAGUAUUGAAAUGCCGAGUUUCGAUUGUCUCGAAGAUGUUUACAUCAUUUUCAUUCAGCAAAUGCGAUACAAAAACUCGCAUAAACAAAGGUUACACAAGUAGAAAGAUGCACUAAGCAGUUCGAACAAACAAUGAAACUUUUCAAGUGCGAAGAGAAAGUAAAUUACCUACAUGAUUUCUCUUCUCCUCGGCCGUCAAUCUGAAGCUUACUUAAAUGUGAGCUUAGCUAGAUAAAAAUGUAGUCACAACAGUGGAUUAAAAGCGUAAAUCUGUGCAGAAAUUAGACACAACUUACAUAUUUCGCUUUCCUCUCACUUAAAGCAGGUGAAUUGAAAACUUUUUUACGAAAAGACGAGAUUCUUGAAUUACCGAGACGGCAAAAUACGAGCAAAAUGCUCUCCGUAGUCCCGACUACGCGAAACAGCUCAACAACUCACCGUAGCCGCAGGGCUGCGCGGGAAAAAUGAACAGUCACGUGGUUUUGAUCAUGCGCAGUAGCAUGUUUAUCCGUAGCCGUAGUCCGUAGUCGCCGUAUCUUAAACUCCCUAUUAAGUAGCCUGCGAACCGCAGACGCAUUUCCGGUCGUCGCUUCUCUCCCUCCGAAAAAUAGCGUCUGCGAACCCGAGCGACAAAACUAUUUCCGUGACGUAAAACCUCUUGUUUUGAUGUAGGCCAAUCAGAUCAAAGGAUAGAAUACAGCUCGAGUGACUCCUCGCGACCUCGCGCGCUGAAGUGUCUUGGAUUUUGGAGAGAAUUACCAAAUACGCUUUGGAACGUGAAUUUCACGACCAUAACAAGGUUUCCUGCGACGUUGAAUGCUGACUUCUUUAUGUAGCAACUGCUUCUUAAGCUAUGUAUGUGAUGUGGGCCUUUGGUUUCGCUUUAUAAAAGACGGUAGUACGUGAUAUAAACAAAACCUGGACUAAAUAAUCGCUACAGCGAAAGGAAAGCAACAUAGCUUAAUGACAUCGCCCUCAGACUUAUUUAUUUCAAUUUAACCAGCGCUGACAAAAGGUGGUGAAUCAAUUAUACAGGCACAUCCUUGACUGAUUCAGAAAUCUCUAACAAUCGCUCGUUAAUAAUUCUAGUAUCGCCACAACACAAUGAUCUGAAAUAUUAUAAACCUGGGCCAGACCCAGCGUGAAAUAAAUAGUUACAGCAGUAAAUAGAUCAUAGUCAAAAUGACAUUUCAGCUACGACGCUUCUACUCAUCUCACAAAAAACUAUGGAAACGAGAACCUUGAAAAGAACAUGUAUUUAAAGAAAUAUACCGGAACAAAUAUAAAAUGCUUUCGAUCUGAUCAAAGUUCUAUCUGAACCAGGAAGCAACCACGCGUGGGAAAUCAAUUACCACAUGUCCUACCUUUCAAAGAUAAAGGAUAUCUACUAAAAAAUAUCUAAAACGGCACACGACAAACUAUCGAAGAGUUCUCCAAGGCAUACUUUCCUGCCAGGAACCAGAAAGGAACAGAAGCAACAAACGGCAUGAUGCGUCUACUGUCAUUAGGACAGUUAUCGUUUCGAAUAUGAUCAAAACAACUACGUCUGAUAAAUCAUUGACUCCGUAGGCAAAUAGAUGAAAAAUGUCCUCUAAUCUUUUCUUCGAUAUGAAUCCUCUUGAUACUUAUUUCGUCAAUCAGUCCCACAAUCCUGGCAAAUUAACUUUCGUAAACGCGUCGUUCUGAGAAAAAAGGACGGCUACUACACAAGCCACGUCGUCCUUUCAAUUUCGACUUGAAAACAUAUCCAUCGCGCACGAUCCUGCGAGAAGUCUCGCGAGUUAGUUCCUUGAUUUUAAGAGCUAAACCGUGAUUGGCUAAAAAGGUUUUACGUCACGGAAAUCGUUUUGUCGCUCGGGUUCGCAGACGCUAUUUUUCGGAGGCAGAGAAGCGACGACCGGAAAUGCGUCUGCGGUUCGCAGGCUAUUAAUUAACUGGCCUGAGGGAUAAUUAGUUACGACGGAUUUUCCAAGAGUAGCAAUUGUCUAUAGCCCAUCCUCUUCAUAUUUUGUUGCUAACGAAUGUGACAGUGACAGGUAUGACACGCCGCGAGGUAUAUAGGUAAGCGCAGUUCUGGUUAUGUAGGAAUGUCAGUUUAGAAAAUUUAUAGAGAACUACUUUUGGUGUUUCAACUGAGUUCACGUUCGUCUGAACCACUUCCUUUUCCGCCCUCAUUUGAAUACACGAUUGGGCCUUAAGGUUAGAUGUGUACAAAGGCAAACAAUAACAAAAACCUCUUUGUCUACAGCAUGUUGAGUGUUCACCUACACCAAAAAACCGCCCUGGUUUUUAUUUUGUAAUUUCAAAAAUGAAUCAUUUGUAUUUAUUUAAAAUUGUUAAUUAUUUGUUUAGAUUUCAAUGAGUGUGAAAAAAAGACAUACAACUGUCACCCGUUUGCUACAUGUGUGAAUGAACCUGGAUCUUAUUCAUGCAAGUGCAAGCCUGGCUACGUUGGAAAUGGAUAUAACUGUCGCUAUUCAACGAGGAGAUCCUGCUCUGAAAUCCGGAAUUACGUCAGCACAGUCAGCAGGAACUAUGUCAUUGAUCCAGAUGGUGAGGGAGGUCUGGCACCUUUUACUGUGUACUGUGACAUGACUGACAAGAGGGGUGUUGGCGUUGCUGUUAUCAGUCACGACAGUGAAAGCAGGAAGUUGGUGAGAGGUUGUGAAACGCAGGGGUGUUACUCACGUGACAUUCAUUACACAGGAGCUAAUCUGUCUCAGCUGGCGAGUCUUACCAGAGUUUCUUCGCACUGUGAACAGUUUAUCAAGUAUGAGUGUUAUGGCUCCGGUUUUUGGUUUAACAAUCCAUAUGGAUGGUGGGUGUCACGUGAUUCUACUAAGAUGACGUACUGGGGCGGAGCAUCACCUGGCAGUGGUAAGUGCGCAUGCGGGAUGACCAACUCAUGUGCCAACACCGGAGAUCGUUGUAAUUGUGAUAAGAAUGACUUAAACUGGCGUCAAGACAGUGGUCUCCUCACUGACAAGACAAAGCUGCCAGUAAAACAGCUCAGGUUUGGUGAUACUGGUGAUAAGGGAGAGAAAGGCUACCACACUCUGGGGAAACUGAAAUGCUAUGGUACAGCAUAA